UCCACGCUAGGUAAGAAAGCCUUUCUUCUCAUGCUGAAUUGCUGGAUUCUCCUUUUACCUUUUCAUUGUUUUUCUUCAAGAAGCAGAAACUUCAUGAAACUUUCUACUGCUACAUUUUGAGCUUGACCUUUGGCUAGCAGAAGUGAUUUAAUAUGACUCAUAUUUCUGGUGUGGACCGUUUAACCUCAAAGAUACUCCUGUUUUCAGAGGCGUUUUCUGCACCAAUGUUUCAGAACGGGCCUGACAGCAACGGCUUUAACGUUGGGCUCAACAGAAACCUCCAGCAGGUGUUUGGAGAGGAUAAAAAGAUCUGGUUUAUUCCAGUGUUCACAAGUCAGGGUGAUGGGCAUUAUUUCCCGCUGAGGACCCUGUGUGAAUCUGAGAAUCCUUUAUUGGCCAACGAGGGGGAACGGAUGGAGAACGGUGGGUCAGAUGAAGAAAGCACAGGUGAGAACACAUUCAAGUUGAAAUGCAUCUACUAA